AUCAGUUUGAUUUGAAUUUGGCGCUGAUCAUGUGAUUCCAACGUUUAUAUAUCCUUUACGUACGGCAACGUUGCCGGGUACCCGACGAUUUCCGAUCCUUUUUGCUUCAACGGCUUGCACGUUAACAGCAAAAAUAUUUGUUGCCUCAAUAAUAGUUGAUUAACAAUAAUUAUUGAGUGUUUCAACAACUACAUCAAUAAAGCGCCUUUGUUUCAGAUAUUCGAGAGAUCCAAAGCUACCUCCUGGGGCACCUGCUGUACCAUCCUUGGCAUCAUAUCAUCAGAGGCUGAGAAGGCACUAGGGUCCAGGAAGCACUGCAGAUACUCUUGCUUUCUUUCUUUCUUUCUUUCUUUCUUUCAUUCUUUCAUUCUUUCAUUCAUUCGCUUUCUUUCUUUUAUUCUUUCUUUGAAAAUAAUAUUCUUGUCUUAUUUUAUUCAUUUUGCAAUAAGUAAUAUUCGCUUUUCUAAAGUAUUUUCUUUUUAUCGAGGUAAAAUCUUGUUGGGAAUUGCUGAACGCAGCACAACAUCUCUCUCAUUGAAAAGCAAGUGCACGGGAACUUCAUUAAAGGAAGCAGUUAGAACAUCAAAAAAGGUCGAAGACUUUAGAGUACGGAUAUCCAUCUGCUCAUCAAGUCCAUCAAAUUGCCAACUUGAUGGUCAGCUAGGAGUACACAGGUCAUCGACUGGCUACAUAUCAACACCAACUCUUAAAGAAUUGGCUUUGAAAGCUGUUUCGCAGUAGCUGUGCCAGGAGAGUGUAAUCUACGGCGUGUUCGAAUAUUGCUGUUUAACUUCAAGGCAUCGACUGCAAGAUGAACAAAAAACAACAGAAGAACUUGGGAGCUUCUCCUGUCGAUGAAGCCAAUGCCAAUCUCUUGGGGAGAAUGAAUGUGAUGAACCAAGAGCAGCUUAAUAACCAGCCGAAACUGACAUGGCAGCAGCAGCAGCAGCAGCAGCGGCAGCAGCAGCAGCAGCAGAAGCAAGAGGAGCAACAAAGAAAUAACAAGAAAGAGGGAAAGGUAGUGCAACAUAAUCAGAAACACCAAGGAACUGGAAGUAUGCACAAUAGACCGACGCAAGGAGGAAACUCGCAACAGGGACAGAAAACGCAAGGAGGAAACUCGCAACAGGGACAGAAAACGCAAGGAGGAAACUCGCAAAAGGGACAGAAAUUGCAAGGAGGAAACUCGCAACAUUGGCAGAAGUCGCAAGGAACUGUUAGCAUGCAAUGUCAGAGACAGAAUCAAGGAGAAAAGCCACCGCAACAUCUCAAUAAGCCAGGGAGAAAAACGCAAACGGAAGGACAGAAAAACUACGGAAAUACGCAAGAAGAUAAGGCAGAAUUACAGCACUCAUUUCGUUCGCAAACAGCAUUGACAUCACAACAUCAACAACAACAACAACAAUAUAACGAUCAUCGAUACCGUACGCCGCAAAAUACAGGAACAGCAGCAGUGGAAAUGUCUAUCAAGGAAUUGUCAAAGACUACACAAUCGAUGAACAAAAGAAUAGUCCGUCUAGAGGCAUCGAUUAGAGCUGUAAAAUCCAGUCAGGAAGAGCUGAAGAACGAUGUAAGGUCGAUCAACAAAAAGGUCGUCGAUGUCCAGACAUUAGCAACAUCCAUUCAUAAAAUGUUGACAGACAUCAGAAAGCAUCAAUCUUCCAAGGCGACAACAAAACCUGUUUUCUUGCCGUUCAAGUCCUGCGCGGAUCUACUAGCAUUCGACAAUACCACGGACGAGCAGUUUGACGACUGCGUAAGCUACUUGGAAUAUAUCAAAGGAGUUACUGCAUCAGAUUCAGCAGCAAAAUUUUUCAAAGCCUGCUUUGUUGUCAAUGAAGAUAUUUUCCGCAAUCUCACAUGGACCGGCUCAAAAACUAACCAAGACCUCAUGGCACUAAAGGAUACUCGUUUUUCGACAGCUUGCCUAAAUGCAAUGCCGUAUAAUAAGGAUACACUGACGAAGCCAACGGAGGAUGAUUUCGUCAAGGCUAUGACAAAAGCCCUCAAGAGUGCCAAAGAGAGCUUUCGCCGCACUGGCAUCCUGCUACGUCGUCCGAUUCAAAACCAGAAUCACCAGGAUUCUCCACCGCCUAAGCGACUUCGCCGUCAUAACGAGCCAGCUAUCGUCGACAAUGCGCCACGCUUCGACGGAGAGAACGAAGAAAAGUUCAGCGAUAACGACUUUCAUGAGACCAUCUACUGGAACAACAACAACAACCUGGAUAACCAGAUGUUCGAUGACUUGAACGAAGAAAACGGUGACAACCUGAACUUGGAUCCCAAGACACAAGACGACGACUUUGAGGAGAACGACACCGAGGAUCCGAACUUAGAACAAAAUGAAAAUGAAGAAGAUGCUGAAGGAGAUGAAGAAGAUGCUGAAGAAUAUCAAGAAGAUGCUGAAGAAUAUCAAGAAGAUGCUGAAGGAGUUAAAGAAGAUGCUCAAGAAGAUCAAGAAGAAGAGAAUAUAUUUUCGUAAAUUAAGAUAAGUAUUCUUUCAUUUAUUAUUUAUAUUUAUUUCAUAACUUUUCUUUCUCACCAAGCUCAUUCACACUAUUACUAAAAAUAGUUUUAGUUUCCCAUUCUUCGUUUUUUUUUUAUUUUCAAAUUAGUUUAAAUAGAUGUGAAAGGGCUUUGGAGGGCUUAAUUUCAUAACCCAACUUUUGUUUCAGUUAUAUAAAAAAUACACGUUAGUUUUAGGUAUGCUUUAUUAUUUCUUACUAUUAGUGUUUAACGUGUAUUUUUUAUCAUAACGCUUUUUCACAUUUUUAUUACAAGUAUAUGUUUUUAUUUGCUUCAUUUAUUAUUAGUUAUAAAAGAUGUGAGAAAGCGUUGGAGGGGCUAGUAUUGUGGAUGAGCCUCACAGAGACGGGCGAGGUCGGGGCCCGCUCAUACCUAAUAAACAAAAUUUGAUUUUCAGCUUUUGAUAGACAUCUCAUCCAUUGUAAGAAAUAUAUAUUUCUAUAUCUAUUAUAUAAUAUAAGUGUCUAAUAUUUAUUCUUACAGGUGCUCCAAGUGAUCAGUAUUUUACAUUCCUUUUUUUAAAAUAAUUAAUAUUUUACAGGUUUCAUAUAGCACAGCAGGUACGCACACCUAUCAUUUUUGGGAUGAAUAAAUAGCCAGCAACGAUUUGGAAUUUGAAAUCAGAUGAGUAUAUUCAACAUUCUUUAAUAAUGCAUGUAAUGAUAGAAUUAUAGCUUGUGUCUGUUUAUUUGCAGCAGCAGUAGCAACAGCAACAGCAGCAGCAGAAUCAACAGGAUUUGUUUGAGCAAUGGAGCACAUUACGUUGCAGCAACGGUGCCACGAAAAGCAACAGCAGCAGCAACAUUAUACCUCGAAAAGAAGCAGCAACAGCAGUACCUCAAAGAGCACCAGCAGCAGCAGUGCAAUAUAUUUUUAUAGAGAUGCAGAAGCCCAUACCAAGACGAAUGUGUCCGGUGGUAGCUUCUCAAGUAGGGUGUAGCAAAAAAAUCAUUUGUAAACGAUGUAUUAGAAUGUGAGGGCUUAGCUCAGAUUGCUACAAUAUUUCAAUUAAUUGUAGAUUUCUUUUUUAUUAACGUAUUUUUUAAUUAUUAUUGAUGUAUUCUUAUUUC